UGAACUUUAGGUGAAGAAGAUAGCGGAGCGAUGCGCGUUUACCACUUGAAUCUAUUAGUGCUGAGUGCCGGCCUGCUGGUCCUGCUGGCAAAAUCGGGGACCACGGCCCCGCCAGCGGAUGUGGAUGUACAGCAACUGACUCUGGCGGAUGUAAAUCAGGCAACGGAGCAGCAGGAGAUGCCGGCAGUUCGCCUGGCCAGGCAAUUCGGAUUCGGCCGUGGAGGCGGUGGAGGAUUCGGUCGACGUGGAUUCGGAAGGAGGGGCGGAGGAUUCUGCUGCGGCGGAGGCGGUGGAUUCCGGAGACCCGGUUUCGGAGGCGGCGGCUUUGGUGGAUUCUAUCCACUACCACCGCCGCCCUUCUUCGGCGGGCCCUUCUACGGCUAGGUGUUAUUAAUUUAAUGUGCAUAUGUGAUAUGAUCAGACCAGGAUUAGCUGCUAAUAAAUCAACACGAGCUGCUGCUCUAAUUACCCGACCAAGUGCUGAACCAGUUUUUUAUGCGGCGACGCGCAUUCAUUUAAGUGGGGCGUACUCUUUCUGAAUUCGCAUCCCAGGUGCUUAGCCAUUCAUUAUAAUGGGGCUCAGGCGGAAGCAGGUGCGAGAUAGGGAUGAUGAACCCUUAGCAUUGAUGGUUGACAUUACCUGAAACCUGAAAAUACUCACAUAGAGUUAUUAGUUAAAGUAAAAUUGGUUUUAAUAUUAAUUCAUUGAAUUUUACAGUACUUAAAACUUUUAGUUUUUUUAGAAUUCCAAACCAGAAAGCUUUGGAAACACGAUUUUGGUACCAAAAAAGCUUAAGUACAUAUUUUUGUAUGGUUAAAAAAA